AUGCCGGGAGCCGACGCACGAGGCCACGGCCUUUGUCUGCUCAAGUGGCACCGUCGACGCCAGCGUCACACCGGACCGAGUUUGGCCGCACAGUCAACUACCCAGAUAAUAUUAGCCCAAACGGUGGGAGGCGUCCCAGGCGCAGGCGCAGAUGGGAAGAAAGAGAGGGAUGAAGUCGGUGCGCGAGGCCGCGAGCGAGCCGAGCAACGACGUGUGCAGAGCCGCACAGAGUCAUUCCACGACGGAUGGGAAAGGAGCGUCGAGGAUGAUUCUCUUUUUUCUUUUUCCUUUUUUCCCGUCUUCGCCUUUCCCCCCAGUUUUUUUUGGCUCCCGGGGGCGGGGGGCUUCGUGUUUCUCUGCCGGCUUUGGCGAGACGAUAGUGACGAGGAGGAUGAGGGUGACGGUUGCGUAGGCGACGCUCUCCGCGGCGGCGGCGGCGGCGUUCUGGAACGGAACCGUCUUCACGUCGCUGGCGAGCCUGCCGGACGACGCCUGUGCGGCUGGCUGCCUCGCGACGAUCUCGGACGAGUUUGUCUGACAUUUGCUCCCGCAGACGAGGUGCUUGGACAGCUGGGGGCCGAGUGCGCUGCCAAGAGAGGCGCCUUGAAGCGUCCCAACGACGAUGCUGCGGCGUCAAGUCCGGCCGCCGACGCCGCCGACUCUGUCGGUGCCUCGAGUCCCGUCCCUCCGAGCAUGCCGCCGCCGUUGACGAGCGCGUCGACGGGCGUCCCGCCGGCUAUUUCUAAUCCGUUUCCGCCGUCGCCUUUGCCGUCGGACCCGUCGGAGCCGCCGAAACCGUCUGCGCUCGUGCUGGCGACUUACACGCCUCGGACCUCGGUGACGACAAGCACAGCCGCUGCCGCCGGCGCGGCUUCCUCUUCGCCAGAGGGCAGGCCGCCGAGCUCGGCGUCUUCCGCAAACGACCGACAGAUGAGCGCCCCCGAGUCGGUGCUGUCGGCGGGAGCCAAGGCCGCCAUCGCCAUCUCCGUGUCCCUGGCCUCCGUGAGCAUCGUAGCCGCCGCGCUCUUCUUUGGAUGGCGACGGCGACGCCAAGCCGACAGGAACUCUGGGCUGGCCGAGGACGCGGUCGCCUGGUUGGGACACAAGGCCGACGAGCACCCGUCGUCGCCGGCGACGGCGGCACCAGGACCGACGCGCGAAAUCGACAGCAGCACCAGCGGCAGUCAUGCCCGUGAGGACGGCCACGACGGCCCUGGCCUCGGCAGUUUUCCCUGGCGUCUUGACCUCCCCGGCCAUGUGACGGAGCCGAGUCGCGACGGCGAGAUGCACGCCGUGGGGAUAGCUUUCUCGACGGACAUGUACGGGCUGUUGGACUCGUGGAAGCUGCCUGCAGAGGAGAGUUUGGAGCCGCAGCUGCCGCACGCCGGCUGGGACAGUUCUGCGACGCCGCGCGGAGGCUCGUCUGCUCCAGGGGAAGAGGCUGGCGAGUGUGCAAGCGCCGCUCGGGCGUGCUCGGGAGAAAUAGAAAAUACGAGUCUCGGUGCGACACGGGCAUCCCCGCCGCUUUCGCGCGUCGCACGUCUCGCUUCGCUCACAGCCAUGAUAUUGACGUUGCGGAGUGCAAAGCCAACCUUCCCGAAUUGGCAGGCCGCCAGCCGUGUGCCGCGUGCCGCCGCUCCGCUUCCGAGAAAACUCCGCAUUUCAAACGACCCACCCCCGACCGUCGAAGACUCCAAGACUCCGCCUGACCUCUCCCUCUUCCUAGGCGUCGGCAGUGACUUUUGGCAUUCCCUCCAGCUCCCCUCGUUUUUCGCCUGCGCAUCCCAAAUGCAGUACGAGAAGCACCCCCCGCCGUCGCAGGCAGUCAAGGCGCAGCCACGCAUCGUCAUCCACGGCGGCGCAGGCAACAUUGCGCGAGCCAACUUCCCGUCGGACAAGUACAGCGCGUACCGGGAUGCGCUCCUCACCAUAUGGUCGGCGACGCAGAAGCCGUCCGCGCUGGACGUGGCGUGCUACGCGGUCGCGCUGCUCGAGGACAACGCCCUCUUCAAUAGCGGGCACGGCGCCGUCUUCACCCGCGACGGCACCAACGAGCUCGAGGCGUCCGUCAUGGUGUCCCGCGGACGCAAGAAGCGCGGCGUGGGCGUCGCGGGGCUCCGGCACGUCCGGAACCCCGUCCUGCUGGCGAGGGCGAUGCUCGUCCACGGCGACGAGGACGUCGCGCCGCGCGGGGCCGCCGGCACCGGCACCGGCACCGGCGCCGCGGAGGACCGCCCCCGUCUCGAUGUCCCCUCCGCGCAGGGGCACACGCAGAUCUGGGGCCUGGCGGCGGAGCAGCUCGCGCGCCGAUAUGGCCUCGACAUGGUCGACCCGCGGUACUUCUUCACGCAGCAGCGGUGGGACGAGCACCUCGGCGCGCUGGACAGGGAGCGCCGCGGUCUGGGCUGCGGCACGUGGUCCGCGGAGGAGUACUUGCCGCAGGGCACGUGCGGGGCCGUCGCCCUCGACGAGGACGGCGUCGUCUGCGCGGCCACGAGCACCGGCGGCCUGACCAACAAGUUGACGGGGAGGAUUGGCGACACCCCCGUCGUGGGGGCGGGCUUCUGGGCCGAGGAGUGGGAGGAGGAGCUCGCGGGCGCGUUGGGCACUGCGCCGCCGGGCCUCUCGCUCGCCGGGCCGUUGAAGGGCCUGUUGGCCGACUGUCUGCCCACGCCGUUCUUCUACCCGCCUCCCGGGCCUGACGCUUGGUCCCGGUCCGCUCCGCAUGUCGCAGACACCGUUGCCUCUCGGGCCGUGGGCGUGUCGGGCACGGGGAACGGCGACUCGUUCCUGCGAACCAGCGCCGCCCGGACCGUUGCCGCCAUGGCGAGGUGGAAGCCCGAGAGCACGGCCAGCGCCUUGACAAAUGUCGUUGGUCCCGGCGGGGAGUUGCAGCGCAGCGCGGGCGACAGAUGGGGGCAUACUGGCGAGGGCGAGGGCGGCAUGAUUGGUAUCGAGUGCGUCGUGGAGAGGGACGCCAAGAGCGGUCAGCUGGUGCGAGUCCGUUCAGAGAUCAUGAUGGAUUAUAAUUGCGGGGGAAUGUUUCGCGCCUGGGUCGAUGAUGAGGGCACCGCCAGGAUGAGUAUCUGGAGCAAUGCCGCCGAGGAUCCCGAUCCUGAAAGCCGUCCAUGA